GCAAUUAAUCUGAUUUCCGUCAAUUUAGCGCAACGCAGCAACGUUUCUGUAAAAAAUCAAUCAAUCAAUCAAUUAAUUAAAGAAAUAUCGGUCCCGUUGGGCCGACGACAAGUUGACGCUGUUCGCCGCGACCCUCCUGCGGGCCGCCAGAAGAACCCCGCGGUGCACUCGACUUUUGGGAGUCAUCAGUCCUGCCCCUCUUCAUCCGCUUCCCAUCUCGCCCUCUCGCCGGUUUCCUGUCCGCCCAUUCGCAAAAAUGGCCAUCAACUCCGCCCCCGAGACUUCGCUCCUCUCCCUGCUGUACCGCUCCUACCCGGCCGCCGUCUCCCCCGACGCCACCGAGCCCGACCUUCUGACGGCCUCGCCCAAGAUUUUCCCUCAGACCACCUUCUCCGUGGCCGAAGAGGCCGACAUCAAGCAAUGGCUGCACACGAUCUCCGGCCUGCAGACCGCCCUCGUGAAGGAUGAGAAGCCCGUCGCCUCGAACAUCCUGGCCCAGCUGAACGCCCACCUGGCCACCCGCACCACCCUGCUGGGCUCCAAGCCCUCCGUCGCCGACAUUGCCGUCUACGCCCUGGUGGCCCCUCUGGUCGAGAAGUGGUCCCCCGAGGAGCGCACGGGCGAGCAGGGCUCCCACCACCUCGUCCGCCACGUCGACUUCGUGCAGAACAGCCGCCUGUUCUCCCUGCGCAUCCCCGACGAGGAGAAGAUCGCCAUCGACGUGAACGACGUGCGAUUCGUGCCGAAGCCCGUCGACCCCAAGGAGGAGAAGGAGCGCAAGAAGAAGGAGAAGGCUGCGGCCCAGAACGCCGGCGCUGCCGUUGGUGACAAGCCUCUUGUCGUGGGCCAGGGCAAGCCCGAGAAGAAGGCCCCCGAGGCGGGCGAGGCAGCCGAGAAGCCCGAGGGCGGCAAGGUGAACAAGAAGGAGAAGAAAGAGAAGAAAGAAAAAGCUCCCAAGGCCAAGCCCGCGCCUGCUCCGGCGGCGCCUCCCACCCCGUCCGUCAUCGACCUGCGCGUGGGCCACAUCCUGCGUGCCGUCAACCACCCCAACGCCGACUCGCUGUACGUGUCGACCAUCGACUGCGGCGACGCCCCCGGCAGCGAGAACACCUCCCUGGAUGAGGCCACCGGCAAGACCGUCCGCACUGUGUGCUCCGGCUUGAACGGACUGAUCCCGCUUCCGGAGAUGCAGGACCGCAAGAUCGUGGCCGUCUGCAACCUCAAGCCCGUCACCAUGCGCGGCAUCAAGUCCUGCGCCAUGGUCCUGGCUGCCUCGCCGCGCGUGACCGAGGGCGAGGACUCGCACGCCGGCCCCGUGGAGCUGGUCAUGCCGCCCGCCGACGCCCCGGCCGGUCAGCGCAUCUUCUUCGAGGGAUGGAGCGAGGGCGAGCCCGAGAAGGUGCUCAACCCCAAGAAGAAGGUCUGGGAGACGUUCCAGCCGGGAUUCACCACCACCGACACCCUCGAGGUGGCGUUCGAGAGCAGCGCCGUCCCCGCCGUGCAGGGCCAGGAGGGCAAGCCCGCUCUUGGAAAGCUGGUGACUGCCUCGGGAGUGGUCUGCACCGUCAAGACGCUGAAGGGAGCUGCUGUCCGGUAAACGGGAUGAUCCAUGGGAAGGAAACUGGUUCUUUUAAGAGGUUUUACACAAAAGACAAAAAAGCGUGGAAAAUCGAGUCUCUUAUCGUUGUAUUUGGGAAAGCAGCGUAGAUAUGGCCAAGACAGUAAUUAACGUGUCCAACGAGGAACGAAUCUUCUGCUUU